CGGACGCCUUCUCCGGAGGGGCUAUCCCCGUCAUGUCAGCCCGGAAGUUUUUCCAUGAAUCACAUGAUGCCGACGUCACGCGGAAUGAGGAGCACAAAUGCAUAAUUGUCAGAAAUAACUGACCCGAAAACAAAGUGGCAGAGCUGCAGAAACAUGCCUCAGCUUCUCUGCUGCUGCGUCUCCAGUCCCAACUCCGGCGACGACGAGAGGCAGCCUCUGCUGCAGCCCAGAACAUCUGAUCUGAAUGAAGCUGGAUCAGCCAGACAGAUCCCAGCAGCAUGCAGUGCUCAGACAGUGAGACGGAUUGGCAGGCUGGUGAUGAGGCGAGUAAACGUGCCAGAGUUGGACCAGAGGUUUUCUGAAGUGGCCGAGAUCUUUAAUGAACAGCAGCAGAGUUAUGAGGCCCUGGUCCGACACAUCAGCAGCCUGCGACAGAACUGUGACUGUGCCCACAGUGAUACCCUGGGUAUUGCUGAUUGUGUGGGGAAGAUCAGAGAGGAGCACCAAGCCACGUACAAAGUGUCGCUUAAGAUGAAUGGCUAUGAUUUCUCCCUCAAUGUGGUCCCUGUGGGGUUAGACGGUGAAUGCGAGGAGGAGUCGCUUCCUCGACGUCUAAAGUUGGCUCAGGAAGAGCUGAGGGGCACCUCUGAAAGCGCCAGAGCCACCAUCUCAAGGUGUACCACACUUCACGAGUUGUUCAACUGGCUUCUCCGCAACAGGGAUCAAAAGGCCGAGCAAGUGAAGGGGGCAGCACCAUCGUACCAGGAGCAAGGGAGACUAAGUGAGAACCUGGAGGAGAACAUGAGGAAUGUGAGGAGGGCGAAGGAGAUGAUGGCGGAAUACAAACAACGAGCCGGAGAAGUCCUCACCGAGGCUGCACAUAUUGCAGGGGCUAAUUUGUAGUUUAAAUGGUUUAAUUUAAUCCACUAAUUACAUUUUAAGUAUUUUAUAUCCUUACAAAGAUUACACACACUCUGUUACAAUCAUGGGUGGAAACAGUGUCACACAGCAAGGCUACUGUUGUCGCUCAGACUAAACCACAUUUUUCAAGUUGCAAUGUCCUUUUUCUUGAUAAAUCACAAUCACAGGAUCAGUCAUCAGUAUUGCUACCCUGACAUCUGCAGCAACAUCAGGAAUGUUAAAACUGUGACGCAUAAUGAAAAACUUACACACAAAACAUCAUGCAUGUAUUUAAUGGUAGUGACUAUAUACUGUGGUUUGCAGGCCUUGGCAGCACCUUGUUUCAAGGACAUGAAUGCUAAUUGAUAAUUUAUUGAAUAUGGCACUCAAACUUAAAAUACUGUUCAUCUAUCUUUGUGAAGAAUUAAAUUUCCCCUAAAAUGUGUAAUUAUAACAGCGAACAUUAGGGGGCAAUGCAUGCUUACUUUACUGUUGUAACAGCGAGUGUUCCUUAUUCCUGAGUUGUAGAGCUUCUCUUAUAAAUUCUACUAAAUGGAAUUCAAGAAAACCUAAAUCCUACAGUCCCAGAAUCAGGGAUCACAUGAUUAAUACAUCACUGUUUUAAAUGUUAGAACUUUACUUUGCCUUGUUGUUAAUAUUAUUCCAAAUCACUAUACAGGUUGAAAACUGUACAUCUCAUCUAUAAUGCCAGCAAGGACCACACAGAUCAGAAUGUGGUUUCCUAUAUGCAGCAAUUGGAACUCUGCCUGAUGUUUGUUGUGGCUGUUGUGUCAUUUUGCUAUUGCAACAUUCAGACAGAGCAGAUUUGAUGCUUAUAAUCCACGAAAAGCCUCGUUGUAUUUAUCCACUGAUUGGAAUCUGCAGCUUUCCGGCAUCUGCUAUUGUUAAAGCAAACAAACACAUGGCCACACACACAUGCCGUCUUGAUAAUUAAUAUUGGAAAAUUCAUUGUUCCGGAGGUCAUUGUCAAGUGGUCAUGCAUUAUUUAUCUGAGAGAGUG